UACUAGACACAGUCUGCUUGCAAGACAGCUCCUCCUAAAAAAAGAAAUAACUUUAAAAAUCUUCAAUCAGGAAUCGGUAGUAUGUGAAAGAUCCAGGACUGUUAGAAGCUGUACCUGCUAAAGAAAUUAAAAGGGGAAAAAGGAUUUGUUUGCUGUGGUUUCACUGGAUUUUUUAAAAUUGAUAUUUCAUUCCUAAUGUCUCAUAAUCUUUGCUUCUGCGACUUUAAGUUUUCAAUAUUUUGAAAAGCUCUGUUCCUACUUGACUGCUGUCUCCUUGGAUUCUAAAGCAAUACAUGAGUUUGAAUUUGACACAAUUAUUAAUGACACAACAGCUUCAUACACCAUUGGGAUUAGAAUAAUGGCAAGUACAUGACUCAAUAGAAUUAAGUACUCAAGGGUGUAUUCCAGUGGGCAAACUUACCUUAAACCCCUUUUCUCCAUUCAUCUUCCUCAGAUGGCUACAGAAACCAGUGAAGGGACCUCUUUUGAAGUGAUCAUGAACGGUUCUAUCAAUGGAUCCACUGCCGGGCCACAAGGAUCCAGUUCCAUGGAAGAUCUGGUGGUCACUUUCUGCAUCGGGACCAUCCUGUCCUUCAUGUGUGUGAUUGGGGUCACAGGCAACAUGUACACCUUAGUGGUGAUGUGCCACUCCAUGCGCUCAGCUGCCUCUAUGUACAUCUACAUCAUAAGCCUUGCCCUGGCAGACCUUCUUUAUCUCAUCACUAUCCCUUUCAUCGUCUGCACCUACUUUAUGAAGGUAUGGUACUUUGGGGACAUCGGCUGCAGAAUCCUUUUCAGCUUGGACUUCCUGACCAUGCAUGCCAGCAUCUUCACCUUGACAAUCAUGAGCACUGAGCGCUACUUUGCUGUUCUCAAGCCCCUGGACACGGUUAAGAGGUCUAAAAGCUAUAGGAAAGCCAUUGCUCUAUUGGUCUGGGCAGCUUCCUUUUUACUGACUCUCCCUAUGAUUAUCACAAUCCAACUUGUGCAAAUCGGGGAUAAGAGCAUCUGCCACCCAACUUGGAACCCUCUCUCCUACAAGAUCUACAUCACCAUACUCUUCUGCACCAGUAUUGUAGCCCCAGGGGUCAUCAUCGGGUAUCUUUACAUCCGUUUAGCCAGGACUUACUGGAUCUCCCAGACAGCUACCUUCAAGCAGACCAAGAGACUCCCCAACCAGAAGGUUCUGUAUCUCAUCUUCACCAUUGUUUUGGUCUUCUGGGCUUGCUUCCUGCCAUUUUGGAUCUGGCAGCUCAUAGGCCAGUUCUAUGAGUCCUUCCCGGUCUCCUCUAAGGCGAAGAGGAAUAUCAACUACUUGACCACCUGCCUGACCUACAGCAACAGCUGCAUUAACCCGUUCCUCUACACGCUGCUGACCAAGAACUAUAAGGAGUAUCUGAGGAACAGGCAGAGGGCUUGGGCCAGCACUGGCUAUUUUAACAGGCGGAACCGCUCCCAGAGGUCACAGCGGAGGUCCUUGUCCUCCAGCAGCCAGCACUGCACAGAAUCAUUCAUGCUGACACAUGUUGCAGGGGGCAACAGCAGCUUUUAAGGGGAGGACGGAAUGCGGCAGUAGUGUUUCAGGAUGACCCGGACAGUCCAAUUCUGCCCACCACCCCAGCACCAACCCAGAAGAAAUUAAAGGAUUUUCCAGGUGUUUUUUUUUGUUGUUGUACUGAAGACAACUUAUUUAAGAUGGUUUCUUAAGCACCUCUCUUGAUUAGCAAUGGAUACAAUCCAGAAUCAAAUCUGAACACUCAAAUUCACUUGCCAGAGCUGAAGAUGUUACUUUUUAUUUUUUUUACAAAGCAGAACACUAAGGCCCAGAUAUUCGAAAGGUUUGCACACUGUGCAGAGGGUUAUGCACAUCGCAAAUGGCUGUUAUAUUCUAAACAACUACCUUUAUAAGGCAGGGAAGCUUUAUUUUAAUAGACACAUACAGCAGUAUAUCAACCCUAGAUCGAUCAAGCAACAGUUUGCACCUCCUUACCUUGCAUUCACAUAGAUUUCAAUAUCAAAGACACUGCUUAUACAAUAGUAGGCUAGGCUACUGAUUACUUUAUUGGUACAUUUUGUCGGUGUUUUGAAUGUAAAAUGUAUGAAAAGUGCUCCUUUCUUCCACUGCCUGUUCAGACCAUUUUAUUUAAGUUGAAUUAAUUGCCCCCCAGAUUUGUCA